AGGACACCGGUAGCAUCAUGGCGUCUCGUCAGAGGAACUCUGUCCGGAUCCUGUCCAGCCGGGAGCGCGGCUCGCAGAUCUUUGGCUCGCAGCGCCUCCUGCAGCUCCUGGUGGAGGAGAAAGUCCGCUGGAUGAAAUGGCAGAGUCAGAAGGUGGAGCUGCCGGACAGCCCUCGCUCAACUUUCCUGCUGGCCUUCAGCCCUGACAGGACCCUCAUGGCUUCGACCCACGUCAACCACAACAUUUACAUAACAGAGGUGAAGACUGGAAAGUGCCUACAUUCCUUAGUGGGCCACCGUAGAACCCCCUGGUGUGUGACCUUUCACCCCACAAUUCCUGGCCUGGUGGCCUCUGGGUGCCUUGAUGGCGAAGUCCGGAUCUGGGACCUGCAUGGCGGGAGUGAGAGCUGGUUUACCGAGAGCAACGUCGCCAUCGCCUCCCUGGCCUUCCACCCAACUGCUCAGCUGCUCCUGAUCGCCACCAACAAUGAGCUCCACUUCUGGGACUGGAGCCGCCCCGAGCCCUUCGCCGUGGUGAAAACGGGCAGCGACACGGAGAGAGUGCGGUUGGUACGCUUCGACCCUCUCGGUCACAACCUGCUCACGGCGAUCGUGAAUCCAUCCAAUCAGCAGGGCGAGGAGGACUCGGAGGUUCCCAUGGACAGCGUUGAGAUGCCUCACUUCCGUCAGCGCUCCUUCCUGCCUUCCCAGCCGGUCCGCCGCACGCCCAUCCUCCACAACUUCCUCCACAUCCUGUCGUCCCGCUCCCCUGGGGCUCAGGCCGGAGGCGAGCAGCCGCGGCCUCUCGGGGAAAAUGGAAGUAACAUGGCCGAGUCUCCCAGCAUCCCUUUGGCCCAGUACCCCAGCUCGGAGCGCGGUCCGCCCCUGCCCGGCUGCACCCAGCACCUGGGCAUGGUGUGCAUGUGCAGUCGCUGCUCCAUCAGUCGAACGGCGCCCCAGCCAGACGGAGCCUCUGUGCCUCCCCCCGAUCCACGGGCAUCAUCGGACUCACUCCAGCCUCCCCCGGCCUCCACCUUCUCCUCAGCUCGUACUGAGCCCAGACAGCCCUCGGAGCGAACCUCCGCCUUUACCUCUGUCUACUACAGCGCCGGCGCUUCUCUUAACCCCGCCCCUCCGGGCGGCCACGAGCCACACUCCACGCCCAGACCGGCACCCGACUGGACUCGCAACCUGCUGAGUGUGAGGGAGGGGGGGAUAAAUCCUGGCAUGCUGCCUCCCAGAACCUCCGCCUCCUCCUCCAUCAGCCUUCUGUCUGUGCUCCGCCAGCAGGAGGGCUCCUCUCACUCCCCCGUCUACACCUCCGCCACCGAGGGGCGGGGUUUCCCCCAGCAGGGAGAGCCCGGAGCCCGGGAUACCGCCAGCACGAGCAGCGGGCAUCACCCGUUCUGGGACAGUGCCCGUGGUAACACGGCCUCCUUCCGCAACGUGCUGCAGUGCAACCUGAGCCGCUACUUCCUGGAGAUCGGCCCCAUCGACAUGGAGCCGGCGCUGGGCGGCGCCAUGGCCGACGGAGGCCAGGAGCAGAGUCAGGAACUGCUCAACAACAACAUGGACCCGGACCGGCCCGGGCCUUCCUCAUCCUCCUCCACCCCCACCAUCAUCCACUACCAGCCUCCCCUCCCCCCGCCCCCCAGCUCCCACAGCCUGGAGAACAACGUCCCUCCCCCCGCCUCCCGUGGUCACCUGAACCGCUGCCGGGCCUGCCACAACCUGCUCACCUUCAACCACGACUCCCAGCGCUGGGAGCGCAAGACCUCCUCCGCCUCCACCUCCAUGCUGGAGCCUCCCUCUUCCUCCUCUGCUUCUUUUCCCUCUCCUUCCUCUCACUGGCAGCCCGAUGAGGCCAGAAGGAUGCUAGAAGUCCAAACACAGGAGAGGAGGGCGCCUCCUGAGUCCAGCGAGCAGCCGCCUCCCCCAGCAGCAACAGUGGGAGGAACAGGAGUGGCCUUCCCCAUUGCCCCGUCCUCUACCCAGCCCGGGGAGCAGACGGUGGGCCUGGUGUACAACCAGGACACAGCGCAGUGGGAGAGGGUGUACCGGCAGGCUGCGUCAGGCCGGCCGGCGGAGCCACCAGAGGCCUUAAGCCAAGAAAUGCCCGUCGACCCGCCAGACGAGGACUCCCUCAGGAGGCGGCUGCUGGAAUCCUCUCUCCUGUCACUGUCUCGCUACGACAUGUCCGGCUCCAGAGACCACCCCAUCUACCCCGACCCAGCCAGGCUUUCUCCAGCAGCUUACUACGCUCAGAGGAUGAUCCAGUAUCUGUCGAGGCGCGACAGCAUUCGCCAGCGCUCGCUCCGCUACCAGCAGAACCGGCUGCGGGCCAUGUCGUCCUCCUCGUCGGACAGCCCGGCCAGCAACCCGCCCAGCUCCAUGGACAGUGGCGACGUGGACUUUGAGGAUCUCGACGACAACAGUGACAGAACGCGACACCGGACGCCUCGAAACGCCAGGAUGUCUGCGCCCUCGCUGGGCCGCUUCGUCCCUCGCCGAUUCCUCCUGCCCGAGUACCUGCCCUACGCCGGCAUCUUCCACGAGCGAGGGCAGCCCGGGCUCGCCACACACUCCUCUGUCAACAGGGUGCUCGCAGGGGCGUCGAUCGGGGACGGUCAGUCUGCGGUCGCCAGCAACAUCGCCAACACCACGUACCGCCUGCAGUGGUGGGACUUCACCAAGUUUGACCUUCCUGAGAUCAGCAAUGCCUCAGUCAACGUUCUGGUGCCAAACUGUAAAAUCUACAACGACGCCAGCUGUGACAUCUCUGCGGACGGGCAGCUGCUGGCGGUUUUCAUUCCCAGCAGCCAGCGCGGUUUCCCAGACGAGGGCAUCCUGGCCAUCUACUCGCUCGCCCCCCACAACCUGGGAGAGAUGCUGUACACCAAGCGAUUCGGUCCAAACGCCAUCUCCGUCAGCUUGUCUCCGAUGGGCUGUUACGUGAUGGUGGGCCUGGCCUCCCGCAGGAUCCUGCUGCAUCCCACCACUGACCACAUGGUGGCGCAAGUCUUCCGCCUGCAGCAGCCGCACGGAGGAGAGACGUCCAUCAGGAUGGUGUUCAACGUGGUCUACCCCAUGGCUCCGGACCAGAGGCGCCACGUCAGCAUCAACUCUGCUCGCUGGCUGCCGGAUCCAGGGAUGGGACUGGCUUACGGAACCAACAAGGGAGACCUGGUGAUCUGCCGGCCUGUGUUCUAUCGAAGCGACGGCGAGAGCCCCAGCGAGUCGAGCAGCGAGCCACUGUUCAGCGUCAACAACAGCGGAACGAGCCGGAGCCGAGGCUCCGACAGGCCGGGGCCGAACCGCUCGGGCUGGACGCCGGGCAGAGACAUGGGACUGAUGAACGCCAUUGGCCUGCAGCCCCGACACCCCACCCCUUCAGUGACAUCGCAAGGAACCCAGACGCCAAUCAUCCAGCUGCAAAACGCUGAGACUCAAACAGAGAGGGAGCUGUCGGAGCCGAGCGCCUCGCAGCCUGCUCAGAGUGUCCCUCCUGAAGCUCCGUCCACCAGUGGAGCAGCUCAGGUGGAGGCGUCUCAGAGCAGCCAAGCUCAGGAGGAAGUCCCAGCUGAAGCAGAGACCGGCACCUCCACCGCUGCUGGAGAGUCUUCGGAGUUCGGGUCUGGCGAGGACGCUCUGGCACGAAUCCGCCGGCUGAUCGCUGAAGGCGGCAUGACGGCGGUGGUCCAGCGGGAGCAGAGCACCACCAUGGCCUCGAUGGGCGGCUUUGGGAACAACAUCAUUGUCAGCCACCGCAUCCACCGCGGCUCGCAGACGGGCGCCUCCAGGCCCGCUGCCGAGCCCGUCGCCACGGCCCCCUGCACCUCCGGUCCGCUCCUCGUCGCCUCGCAGCCCCAGUCCUACCUGCGCCCAGCGCCGCAGGCCAGCGAACAGCUCGGUCCCGUGUGGGCUCCGCCGCCACCCACGCUCUCUCUGGCUGUGGACGUGGACGACGUGUUCGACGGCGGGCGGGCGGACGACAGCUCCUUGCCGGGUCCCUCCUCCUCUUCCUCUCACAGCCCCCUCCCUGGCGGUGGCGGCCCCAACAAUUACCCCGGUGACCCAUACAGCAGGUAGUCCUCCUAUUGGCUGACGGUUAAGGGGGCUCCUCAAAGCCUUAUCUCACAAAAUGGGUGCUGCUUCGACCCCACACAGGGUCUCCCACCUGGAAACGAAGGGACACAAAGACCUCUCCUCCCCCCUCCCCCUAGCCUUUCUGUUGAGUGGCGUUGGCGCUCGUGAACCCAGACCGAAGCUAGACCGUCAUCAUUCCUCACAGGAGCUCCUACUUGAACGGAGGCACAGAGCUCCUCCCCACCUGAUUCUCUCCCAGCACGAUGAAGGUCGAGGUUCCUGACGCGCUGCGCCUGGUGAUGGAGGGGUGGGGGUGUGGCUUCUUUCACAUUUACUCCAACGUGCUGCGUUUGGUGCCAUGUGACGUUACCUUAGAUGUGAAAUAGUGAUUGAAGUGUUUGAACUCAGCACUACGUUUUUGUACCGUGUCACUGCUGCGUGUGCCUGAGGCAGGACUCUGCACGGCGGCGAGCGACCACCGAUGACUGAACGCACACGCUCGACUAAACAAACGGAAGCUCCUGCAUGUCUCGAAAUAAUGCUGCAGCUCAUCGAACACAUGUUUGUGUUUAAGGCUGGAAACGAGGAGAAUCACUUCCUGUUAGGGCAACGAGGAGGCGGAGAUUCACCUGCUCUGACCCCUCCCCACCCCACCAACCCCACCCAGCUGCACUACAGUGUGUUUGGUGCUAACCGAGGUGUGUGUGUGUGUGUGUGUUCUCACUGAAACCACAGUUUGUCUGUUUUUUGUUUUUCUUUGGGGGGGGGGUUAGCUGAGCGUCGUUUCCUGUCCGCCUCAUCACGUUUGGAUGUUUGCAUCUCGGAGCGGUCUCAGUUCACAGUGAAGGUGAUUGCGAGGUGGGGUUUGCACGACAUGUUUAGCCGGUGGGGGCGGGGUUAGGGGUUUCACAGGGGCUUGGGGUUCUCUCGGGCUACGGUCCCUACGAGCUGGGUGAAAGGUCACGUGGGCGCCGCACUGACCGACGCUCUAAAUGUAGAAACGACACCAAAACGUUCCAGGAAGCUGCGGCGUUUGUCCUCCGUGCAGGAACGACGCUGCAGCGUGAGCGCGCCGACCGCCAACUUCACGCUAUGACUCAGACACCGGAGAUCAAUCGUGUCUGUAAUGCUUUCAUCCAAACUCGCCGAUUGGUCGACAUUCAGCCUGCGCGGUCACUUCCUGCUGUUACUAACCAGGUGAUGAGUGGAUUUAUUAUCAUCAUUAUUAUUAUGACUUUUUUAUUAAGGAUGGAGAACUGCAGACGAGUCUCCCUGACAGCUGUCGUCUUCUGUUAAACGACCAAAAUAAAGUCCAAGACUUUUGUUUUCUUCCUUUUGGGGUUUUUUUUGUUUUUUUUUUGUUUUGUUUUUUUGGGGGGGGGGGGUUAAUGAGCCGAAGAGUCAAAAUAUGCGUGUGUGUGUGUCUACCACUACAGGAACUUGCUGUUGCUCGGUAACAUCCAAUCUAAACCCUCAGAUUUCACUCAGUGUUCUUGGACAGCCUGUUAGUGACCUCACAGCAGCCAUGUUAUUGGUCCAGAGGCCACACCCCUAAUAAUACAAGCCCUUCUCCAAUUAAGACAGGUGAGUUAUAGAGCCCUGCCCCACAGGUGUUACAAAGGGGAAGUGAUGUAUAGAGACCAGAACAGUUUGUCUGUCAGGCUGUAGACGUUAGGAGUGUGUGGGGCCUCUGCUGGACGUCAGAGGAACUGCAGGUCUCGGUGUGGACGUUGCUGUUUGGUGCAGCUCAUGUUGUUCGUAUAGAGACUGAGGAGCACCUCGAGCACUUACCCACACUUUAAAUGUCAGCUUUAAGAGUCGGGUCACCGAGCUCCUGUAGUGGAAGAUGUCUGAGUGGUCACACACACACACACACACACACACACACACACACACACACACACACACACACACACACACACACACACACACACACACACACACACACACACACACACACCUUUCCUCAUCCUUCAAAAUCCUGCAGAAGAAAACUUGAAUUUUUGUGAUCAAGCGCAACUUUUCCUUCCUGCAGCAUCCAGCUGUCCUUUUUGUUUCCACGUGUGCUUAGAAGUUCAUGUACUGAUGGCAUUUUAAGGUGGGGCUGUGGGUGGGGGUGCUGAGUGGAGCUCUGGGAUUCAUGACACUUUUUAUUGAAGCUUUUACUCUGCAGGCGAGACUCUGAAUGCUCCUCCUGGCUUUUUACUUGAUCAGUGAAGAUUUUAGAGUGUGUGUGUGAGAUCAGGGUGGGGGGGUGGAUGUGAAUAGCGCAGCGGUGUGAGUCCGAUCGGUACCUGUGUGUCAGACUGUGGAGUUUGUACAGCGCUAACGUGACUCUUUGCUUUGACUUUUAGAUGUAAUUAAAGAGCUUUGAGAGUU